AGCGCAUUGAAAUUGUUGUCGGCAAAAAUGACUUCGGAUCAAGAUGGGUCGUUACGCUAAGGAACCUGAUAAUCCUUCCAAAUCCUGCAAAUCUCGCGGGUCGAACCUUCGGGUACAUUUCAAGAACACCCGCGAAACGGCACUAGCCAUCAAGCGCAUGCCGCUCCGUCGUGCUCAGCGUUUCUUGAAGAAUGUCAUCGACAAGAAGGAGUGCGUUCCAUUCCGUCGAUUCAACGGUGGCGUUGGACGUUGCGCUCAGGCUAAGCACUGGAAUACGUCGGUCGGUCGCUGGCCGAAGAAGUCCGCCGAGUUCUUGCUACAGUUGUUGAAGAACGCUGAAGCUAACGCGGACUACAAGGGUCUUGACGUGGACCGCCUAGUGAUCGAUCACAUCCAGGUGAACCGCGCUCCCUGCUUGCGCCGCCGUACGUAUCGUGCCCACGGUCGUAUCAACCCGUACAUGUCGUCGCCGUGUCACAUCGAACUGUCCCUCACGGAGAAGGAGGAUGUCGUGACCAAGGCCACCGACAACGGAGAGCCAGCGAAGAAGAAGCUGUCCAAGAAGAAGAUGCAGAGGCAGAAGGAGAAAAUGAUGCGCAACGAGUAAUUUUUCGUUGUGCUAAUUGUUCAUUUAAGGUGGUGAAUAAAACCGUCACACAAACAAAAACCUCCAUGGAAAGUGCAAAGAU